AUGUUAUAUAUAAAUGAUUUAUUGUCAAUUUUUUUAAUAUACAAACAAAUUUUACACGCCUCAUUUCUCAAAACCCCAUUCGGACGAAUGCACGGUCGUUACCGUUUCGAACCGAGUUACAUUCGCACGAAAAGUUGUUACAAGAACGUCAAAACCUUAACCUCAAAGUUUGAAAUGUGUGGAAUAUUUUGUUUAUUAUCAUUCGACAAAAGCAAUACUGAAACAUUACAUUACAAGUUUGAAUUGUUCAAAGAACAAAUUUCGCGAAGGGGCCCCAACUCGUUGAAAACCGACUUUUGCCAGCUGAAUAAUUGCAAUAUCCUGUUCGCCUCGAGCGUUUUGUGGCUUCAAGGUACCGAUAUUACGACACAACCGUGCAAAAAUGAUAAUUCUGUCUUUAUUUACAAUGGGGAUAUUUUCGGGGGUUCCCAAAUCGGUCAACAAUUAAAUAGUGGUUCAGGCGAUACGAACCUAUUUUUCGACGCUUUGCAAAAUUCGGACGAUAUUUUAAUGACGCUAGACAACAUUGAGGGGCCUUACGCGUUCGUGUACUUAAACGUGGUACAAAAUAAAGUUUACAUUGGGCGUGAUAUUUUCGGCAGACGUAGUUUACUAAUCGGUAGAAAUGCAAACGAAUUUGUAAUAACAAGUGUUGCAAAAAGGGGGACAGAGUUUGAGUUUAUGGAACUGCCAAGCAUCGGCAUAUUUUCUAUUGAUCUUGAUACAAAACAGUGGAAAAUUUUACCGUGGCGUCGGAAAAACAAAAAUUUCGUUGAGAAAUUAAGCGAAUUUGAGUUAUUUAUCAAUCAGACUGUGCUAAAACAGGCUGAUGUAUUUGACCGAAAGAAAACGUUCGUUCCUCCUAGCGAGGCCCAGCUGAAACUAUUGACUGGGUUUUUGGAUUUACAAACUUGUGAUUUGUUUAAUUUUUUAUUUAAUUCUCCAUUCAUGAACAAUAUUUUACGACUGAAGGAACUUCUCCAAAAUAGCAUAAAAAAACGUAUUUUAGCCCAACCGAAAUUUUGCCAAAACUGUUACAAAAAAUACGAUUGUGAUCACGCUAUUACUGGAAUUUUGUUUUCGGGGGGUGUGGAUUGUGCCGUUUUGGCCCUUCUUGCGAGUACAGUAAUCGACCCUUUGCGUCCUAUUGAUUUAAUGAACGUAGCGUUUGAAAAAGGGGGCUGUUACGACACCCCUGAUCGCAUUACGGGCCUUAGCACCCUCAGAGAGUUGCAACAAUUGUGUCCUGACCGGAAAUGGAACUUCGUCGAAGUUAAUGUAACGCGCGAGGAGUUAGAUAAGUGUAGACGCGACCGAAUUUCCGAUUUAAUUUUUCCGUUAAAUUCGAUUCUGGAUGAUAGUUUAGGCUGUGCAUUGUGGUUUGCUAGUCGUGGAGUAACCCAGGAUUACACAACGCCGUGUAGGACUUUGUUGGUAGGGAUGGGGGCCGAUGAGCUAUUUGGGGGGUACACAAGACACAGAGCUGCGUUUCAGAAAAAGGGUUGGGAGGGUUUGAGUGAGAUUUUGGACGAGGAUUGGCAAAAUUUGCCUUAUAGAAACUUGGCUAGGGAUGACAGAGUGGUGUCAGAUCAUGGGAGACAACUCCGAACGCCGUAUUUGGACGAGGAAGUUGUGAAAUUUGUACACAGUUUACACACUUGGGACAAGACUUUUCCAUCAAUUAAAUUGCAAGGAAUUGGUGAAAAACUUCUUCUUAGAAGUCUUGCGUAUCAUUUGGGGCUUACAAAGGCCGCCCUUUUGAAGAAAAGGGCUCUACAGUUCGGGUCAAGGAUUGCGAACUCGAAAGAAAAGGGACACGAAAUUUCGCAGCAUUUAACCGCUACAUAAAAAAAAUUGUAAACUUUGUAAGACUUGAAAACGAUGUGAAAUAAAAGUCUCAUAUGCCA